AUGAGAGGCUACAAGAGCGCUGGAGUCCUUCUUUCCCUCGCGGCCACGGCCCUCGCUGAGCCCUUUCCUUCUGCCGUCGACAUGGAAUCCCAUAUUUCCGCACUAAAAGUUAGAGGUCAAGACGGUACAAUGAUGGGAGCAAUGGCCGGUCUCCAGAAGCGAGAGUCCAUCCUUUCCUUGAUGAAACGGGGCUUCUCAGAGAUGGACGGAGUAUAUAUACCUGUUGUAGUCCCACGUCAAGUUGACACUAUUCCUACCGACCCAAAAACCGGUAACACAGGAAAAAGUAACUUUGAUGUAGCACUAUGGGACCAACAAGUUGAGGCCGCUUGCGCCGAGUCCAUAGGAUUGCUUACCGAUAUUGUAACAAAAGUCACCGACCCAGCAGGUGUUGCCGUAUGCUACAACAUUCCGUUCUAUAAUAGCACCAGUGGUGCCUUUGCAUCGGAUAUCCGAUUGUAUAAGAUCGCCAACGGAACUAAGGAUUGGGAAGCAGCAGGGACAAAAGUGUCGCUAAGCGUGCAGUAUGAGGGCGCAACUGUGCGACUAGCUAAUGCGCCUGCUGCCGCCGCCGGAUCAAGUAAGGUUGCAACUGCAAAAGAGGUCCAAGCUGGCCAAAGUAAAAUCAAAGCCACCGGUGAUGAGUCAGUGCAACAAGCUGCCAAAGCGUUGGAGAAGCCUAAGACAACCGCAAAAACUUCUGCGCCGGCUACUUCGGCGGCCGCAAAGAAUCCUACGCCAGCUACUUCGGCUGCCGUAAAGAGUUCUGCGCCAGCUAGUUCGGCAGCAGCAGCCGCAAAAGCAGGCCAGACUCCAUCCACCGCAACUCUCAAGAAAAGAAUGAACAUGAAUAUGGCUCAGAUGGGCGGGAGCGAUGAAGUCGGUGUGAAGGGAUUUGAGCCAAAACUUCUGCAAACGAUGCGUUUCGUCGGCCAAGUUAACCCCACUAUUAUGAGGAACCAGACAAUCGCCAAAGACCCGAGCAUCAUGAAACUUGUUCUUACUCCAUCUCUUAUGCUCAUCGGUGUCACCCCGGAGGGUAAUAUGAACGCCUCCGUCGCCGCUGCACAAGUCCAGUAUGCAACAGGUGCCUUCUCCAGCAUCACUACCCCAACACCUGAGCCAGCACCAUUUGUUCUCCCUGGUGUUUUUAUCUCGAUCUUUCCAUUAGGUCUUUACCUUUGUAUUGUGUACACGAUCUUAUUUGUCCUCAUUGUCGGUUGGGGAACCGUUGAAAGGUACCUAUUCAGAAUGUCCUUCAGGAAGAGGUCUGCCAUGAUGAACGGCCAAGACGGGUUUGGGAAGAUCUAA